AUGGCUUUCAACCAAGUUACAGCAACGUCUUUGACGCCUUCACGUCCUGCUCCUGCUGCCCCUGUGCGACGAGCAAAUGAUAUUGGAAAUGCUCUCUCAUCGUCUGGCUAUGCGUCGUCUUUCUCAGUCGGCACCUCCUCUCCGUCCAGCUCCUCUUACUCUGGCAUCGGCGGUUCCCCCAUCCGCUCCCAAGACAUGUACUCAAGCUCGGACGUCGUGAGGAGCGGCAUGGUGGGCGUGAAGGAGGACGGCAUCGUCAGCUGGCUCUGGAGACCAAAGUGGUUGGUUCUGAAGGAGCAGACGCUAUCGAUUCACAAGAGCGAAUCGUCAGCACAAUCACAAAGCGUCGUUCACUUAUCAGAUAUUGCGAACAUUGAGCGGACAGACCUUAAGCCAUAUUGCCUCCUGCUCGAAACGAAGGACAAGCGGAUGUUCUUUUCGCUGAAGAAUGACGAAGAGCUGUACGGAUGGCAAGACGACAUAUACUCGCGCAGUCCGCUCAUGGGCGUCAGCAAUCCAACGAAUUUCGUGCACAAGGUGCACGUCGGAUUCGACCCCGUCUCUGGCGCCUUCACGGGUCUUCCGGACGCGUGGAGUAAAUUGCUCACAAAGUCGGCCAUUACACGAGAAGACUACGCAAAGGAUCCCCAGGCGGUCCUGGAUGUUUUGGAAUUCUACACGGAUCACCAAAAGCGAGAGAUGGAGGAACUGGCUUCUUAUGGGACCGGUCUUGGCGGCGCGGGCAUGAUGUCCUCGCUCGACUCCCGGCCACAGGUCAAGCGACAAGAGUCAGCGCCCUCGGGCCUGAACGGCGCUGACAAUGUCACCCAGAUGUCACCAAGUGCCGCGCUCGCACGGGCGGCAGAGAAGGUGAACGGCUCCGCGGUCCAGCACGCCAACACGAUCUCCGCGGCUCAGACAAACAUGCGCCCUGGAGUCCCGCCCAUGUCCUCCGGCGCCCUCCAGCCAUCACGGCCUGCACCCGCCCGUCCGCUCCUCGCCGCCAACCGCGCCGCACCGUCCGCCCCGCAGGGCGGUGUCAGCAAGCCGCCGUUGCCGGACCACACCCCAUCGUCCGCAGAUCUGCGCAUGCGCGCGAAGGCGCAGGGCCCGCCGACGGAGACGCAGACGUCGAAGCCACCAGGGCUGAACGGCGAGACGCGGGACCGGGACCGGGACUUGGACGGACGGCCGAACAUGGCCGCGCCAGCGAAGUCCGCUCCCGCCACGAGCUUGCCGACAACGCAGUCCGCAGGUGGUGCAGCUGGUAGUACGGUCGGACCCCCGCCGGUGAAGCCGCUGCAGCCCAAGAAGCCGACGGCACCGACGAAGGACCGCGAGCGGGAGCGCGAGAGGGAGAGGGAGAGGGAACGUGAGCGUGAACGUGAACGUGAACGCGAGCGCGAACAGGAGGGCCCAACCGUAAAGGUCUUCGCGACGGAGGACGACCCCAAUGGCGGAGUGGCUGCGGCUGCGGCAGCGCUGGAGAAGCCGAAGGAGAAGGAGAAGCGGAUCAGCACCAUGAACGAGGCCCAGAUCAUGGAGAAGCUCCGGAGUGUCGUAAGUAAGGACGAUCCGAAGACUUUGUACAGCAAGAUCCGGAAGGUCGGCCAGGGCGCGUCCGGACAUGUGUACGUCGCGAAGACCCUUACUGCUGGGAAGAAGGUCGCCAUCAAGGAGAUGGACCUUUCGAACCAGCCGAGGAAGGAGCUCAUCGUGAACGAGAUUCUGGUGAUGAAGGAGUCGCAGCAUCCGAACAUCGUCAACUUCCUGGAAUCCUACCUUGUGAGAAACAAUGAGCUCUGGGUCGUCAUGGAGUAUAUGGAAGGAGGUGCUCUUACCGACAUCAUCGAGAACAAUACGUUAGAAGAGGACCAGAUCUCUAGCAUUUGCUUUGAGACCUGCAAAGGUCUUGGUCACCUCCACAGCCAACAUAUCAUCCACCGUGACAUCAAAUCCGAUAACGUGCUUUUGGAUGCUCAGGGCCAUGUCAAGAUCACCGACUUUGGUUUCUGCGCCAAGCUCACUGACCAGAAGUCGAAGCGUGCGACUAUGGUCGGUACUCCAUAUUGGAUGGCGCCUGAAGUCGUCAAGCAAAAGGAGUACGGUGCCAAGGUCGACAUCUGGUCGCUCGGCAUCAUGGCCAUUGAGAUGAUCGAGAAUGAGCCACCCUACCUUGACGAAGAGCCCCUGAAGGCACUGUACCUGAUUGCGACGAACGGGACACCCACCUUGAAGAAGCCAGAGACACUCAGCCGCGAGCUCAAGAGCUUCCUGAGUGUCUGCUUAUGUGUCGACGUGAAGAGCCGGGCAACCGCGGACGAGCUAUUAGAUCACGACUUCUUGAGGAAAGCCUGCGCGCUGUCGGGCCUCGCGCCCCUUUUGCGGUUCCGGAACAAGCAGGCGUCGUAAUGAGCUGCUCAUGAAUGUAGUUGUAUGCUGGACGCGUGUGCGCACCGAGAUCCGCGGUCUGUUCACUUAUUCGCCCGCCUAUCCUCCCAGUCUCGCUCGUUCUCCUCUUUCUUGUAUCCUGCCUAGUUCUCUCUCCACUAAGUAAUAUCUAUAUAUCUCGCGGCAUUGUUCCUCGACUUCCGACAGUCCCUCGGAAGAUCGUAUUGUACUCAUUUGUCUGCGAGACGCAUAUUUCGGUUUCUAUCGUACAUAGUACGUAUGCAUACAAUCGUCGGAUGUAC